CGUCCAGAAAGUGGGUCAAUAGUCGAGGCAAGUCGUCAUGCGGGUUAUGAUGCUCGACUGUGUUACGGCGAUAUCCUUCUCGGCUUCAGAUACUUCCCGGAUGGAUUACCCGAGGGAGUUGCGCUGAAUCAACGAGUCAAUGACUCUUCUUCAGAUGAUGAAGCCGACGAGAGGAGUGUAUCGUCGAUGUUGAUGAAUGAUAUCGGAGAGGGUCGUGAUGGAGGUUCGCAGUCAGCAACUUUGUUGUGUUCACAACCGAAAGAUCAUCAGUUUGAAACGAUCUCAUUGAAGAGUGGAAGUGUAUGCGCGGUUUGUAAGGGUAAAAUAUGGCUGAAAACUGCNAGUUAUGCGUAG